GCGACGACUGACGUUUGAAUUUGGAACGCGAGUGUUGCCAGUGUUGUUCCACCCGUGAUGUGUUGUGAAUAACAGUUGUGUUUAAGACUAUUUAAAUUCCAUGCUGUUUUCGGUAUGAACAUGGGGAAUUACGACGGGAGAUUUUUGAAAAUGGAAUACACAAUAUGGCUAUCAGCCCUGAUAGUCUUGGUCACACUAGCGACACCCACGCACAGUGAGCCGCGCGUGGUGUGCUACUACACAAACUGGUCGGUGUACCGGUCCGGCACGGCGCGCUUCAACCCCCAGAACAUCAACCCCUACCUCUGCACCCACCUCGUCUACGCCUUCGGGGGGUUCACCAAGGACAACACGCUGAAACCCUUCGACAAGUACCAGGAUAUUGAGAAAGGCGGGUACGCCAAGUUCACCGGGCUGAAGACGUACAACAAGAAACUGAAGACCCUCCUCGCGAUCGGCGGCUGGAACGAGGGCUCCGCCAGGUUCUCGCCCAUGGUCGCCACCAAGAGCUCCAGAAAGGAGUUCGUCAAGAAUACUAUCAGAUUCCUCAGACAGAACCACUUCGACGGCCUCGACCUGGACUGGGAGUACCCCGCGUUCCGUGACGGCGGCAAGGCCAAGGACCGCGAGAACUACGCCAAGCUGGUGAAGGAGCUGCGAGAGGAGUUCGAGAAGGAGUCCGCCAAGACCGGCAAGUCCAGGCUGCUGCUGACCAUGGCUGUGCCCGCCGGCAUAGAGUAUAUACAGAAGGGAUUCGAUGUGAAGACUUUGAAUAGAUACCUGGACUGGAUGAAUCUGCUGACGUACGACUACCACUCCGCGUUCGAGCCCGCCGUCAACCACCACGCGCCGCUCUAUCCGCUCGAGGAACCCAGCGAGUACAGCGUCGAUAACGAACUUAACAUCGACUACACUAUCAAGUUCUACCUGGAGAACGGCGCAGACCGCGACAAGCUGGUGGUCGGCAUACCGACGUACGGCCGCUCGUACACGCUGUUCAACCCCGACGCCGUGGAGAUCGGCUCCCCGGCCGACGGGCCCGGCGAGCAGGGGGAGGCGACUAAGGAGAAAGGAUACCUGGCUUAUUACGAGAUCUGCGAAGCGCUAAAACCGAAAAGCCGAAGGCGUCGCGCCGCAGACUCAGAGGAAGAGGAAUCAGAGGAAUCAGAGGAAUCUGAGGAAGAGGAGGAGCAGAAGCCGUGGACGGUGAUCCACCCGAACCCGGCGGCGAUGGGCCCCGUCGCCUACCGCGGCAACCAGUGGGUCGGCUACGACGACAUCGAUAUCGUACGGAAGAAGGCCGAGUAUGUCGCACAGAAUGGACUUGGAGGUAUAAUGUUCUGGUCGAUCGACAACGACGACUUCCGCGGCGCCUGCCACGACAAGCCCUACCCGCUCAUCGAGGCCGCCAAGGAGUCUUACUUGAAGGGGCUAGAGAACACGAAAUUCAUCGCAACCGACGCGGUGGUGAAGACGGACAGCGACCGCCGCCGCAAGAACCGACCGCGAACCACCACCACUACCACCACUACCACCACGCCCAAGAGCAGCAAACGCACCAGUACUCCAUCGUGGAACGCGCAGACUCCCGAGCCGCCGACCACGCCCGAUCCCGGCGCAGAUUUCAAGUGUAAGGACGAAGGAUUCUUCCCCCACCCUCGCGACUGCAAGAAGUACUUCUGGUGUUUGGACUCCGGACCCUCAAACCUGGGCAUCGUGGCACACCAGUUUACUUGUCCAUCUGGACUCUACUUCAACAAAGCCGCUGACUCCUGCGACUUCGCCCGCAACGUGCUCUGCAAGGUCCAGACCACCACCACUAAGGCUCACAAGUCCACCACCAAGACCACUCCCACCACCACCACUUCGACCACCACCGUCACUACUACCACCAGAGCGCCAGUCCGAGUGUCCACCAGAAACUCCGUACUCUUCAGAACUACUACUACGACGACGCCUGAACCAGAGAUUGAAGAUGAUGAAGAGGAAGUUGAGGAUGGCGACUCUUUCGACGAUGACGCUGAGGACCCCAAGGUUAUCAAAGAACUGAUUGACCUCAUCAAGAAAGUCGGUGGCGUAGAGCAGUUGGAGAAACAGCUGCUGCUCUCCGAGUCAUCGUCCAGCACCAACGGAGCGGUAUCCACUACACCCACGUCGUUCAAUAAGAGACUGUACCAGAAGGUUCUGGAUAGAGCUAUCGGCAAAAAUAAGUACACCAGCAAGACAACGAUUGAAACCGUGCAGCAAAACAGCCGAAGCGGUCCCCAGAACGCUGGUAUCGAAGCGACAGCUGACAAAGACAGGCUGAUAAGGAAGGGAAGACCAGAGUAUGUCACAAUAAAUCGCGCAAGAUCCUCACCGAAAACAGAAGAGCCAGAAGAGAGCGAGGAAGUGGAAGAAUCUGAGGAGGAAGAAGUUCAAGUGUCGAGGUCGAAAAUUUCAUUCGGCUCAGAGUCAGCUUCUGUUGCGUCCACUGCGAAGCCAUUACAGUAUGUGAACAUCAGACGAGCGAAACCUACUACUGAAGCUACGGAAGAAGCUGAGGAACCAUCGAGGUCAAGGAAUGCGCUGUUUGAACGUUCAGAAGCAUUUGUUGCUGUCGAUAACCUUAACACAAUAGAUAUCAUAAAUACGAAACGCGACAAUAUACCAGAAUAUGUAACGAUUAAAAGAAAUCGCCCAUCGUAUGCUGAAACGACAACUAUAGGAUAUUCUUCUUCCGAAUUGGACACUUCCAAGGAAACUGAAUUGGAAAGAGAGAUCUCAUCUCAAGUUUCUCAGCCGCAAUAUACGAACAUCGUCCGAACCAGAUCGACGACACAGCCACCUCAAGUUCAACCGCAGACUCCAGAGCCUACAACUAUAUUGUCGGUGCAAAUAUCGUCUUUACUCAAUGAACCGAGUGAGGAAGAAGAACCUACUACGCAACCUCAGACGACUUUAGCUCCAGAAAUUGAAAAACCAGAACCAGAAAUUACAACUACUCCAACCACUAGCCCGACUACUACAACUACAUCUGCCCCAUCUUCGACCACUUCAACUACAAGACGGUCUUUGUUGCGUCGAAGAGGAUCGACAAGCCCCACAACAACUACAACGACUACUGAAGCUCCUGAAUCGUCAUCUCAGGUAAGUUCUAGGAAUUAUUCUUUCAUCCGCCGUCGACGUCCCUUAUCGCAACCCAAUGAAAUAUCGAAAGAAGUAGAGGAACCCGUCGCUAAUAAUCGUUAUAGAAAAAUAAGAUCUACAACUCCAAAUAGUCAGGAAGUUGACGUCUCAAAAACACUGCCUAGCAGAGGCUUAAAUAAAUAUCGUAUAAGGGUAACACCGAGCGAUGAUUCUGUGCCAGCAGCUUCCAAAGUACCGAGACAAAUUUCCAGAUUUAAAUACGAAUACAAGGAUGAGGAUAUCUCUGCAAGCAGUGAAGAAGCGGACGAUUCAUCUAUUAUAGAAUCAUAUGAAACCACUGAUAGUGACGAUGACGUAGAUAUAAAAAGGACAACUAUUGCAGAUAAGAUUACUGACAGUGACGUUUCAGCUACUACAUUAGAAACAAGAAAACCUUCUGUCCUAUCUAGAGGAAGAGGAAGGUUUUCUCUUACGACUGAGUCUAUAAGGAAAAGCGUAUCCACAGAGGCCCCAAUCGCUAUAACGAAACGACCAACUUUUGCUAGAUUUUCUCCACGGCCUUUCGGAAGGAAUAAUAACAUUAACUUGGAUUUAAAACCUAAAGAUACAACAAACACUGAACAAGUAAGUCAACGUGUACCUUCUCGUCUACCUUUCAUAAGACCUAGAAUACCUUCAACUGGUAUUGGCGGUAGUUUACCCUCACGAAGAUUACCAUUUUCCUCCCGUUCAACGACUCCGAGGCCCACAACAUCAAAAAACGAUGAUGAAGAAAUUGAUAAUAAGAAUGAUGAUAUAACAUUAUCUGAAAGUGCCAUAGAAGUAAAAGAACAUGGUCAAGAUGAACAGGAUAUUUCUAUUGAAACUGUCACAACUGACAGUAGUUUCACUGAAGAAAUCACAACCGAAACAAAUGAAAGAAGAAAGUUCAAAAUAAUAAGAAGGCGACCGACUACAACAUCAACUACCACAGAAUCUGUUACUGAUGUAACAGUACCUAGAAUCCGAAAAAUCAUUAGAAAGAAAAUUAAACCAAGUGACCCCGAUUCUGAAGUAAGUACUAAAGCUACGAAUUUUAAGAAAGAAGUAGAAUCUUCUACAAAGCAAAGUCUCAAUUAUGGUGAGAGGACUAGGGUUACAACACAUAAACCAACAACUUUAGAAAUUACUACUACUGAGAAAGAAGAUGAAGAAAUAGAAAUUAUUACGGAACUUUUGAAGGAAAGAACUACAACUACAGAGAAAUAUUAUGAAAAGCCCAAAGAAGAUAACAAAAAAGAUGUUUUUGGUGAUGAAAACACAAGUAGCAAUGAGGAAAACGAUAACGAAAAAGAUACCCUUGAUGACGAUAAUAUUAACAGCCAAGAAGAUAAUGAAGAUGAAAUUUUUUCGACAACAUCAAGUAGUUUAAAUGAUAAAGAUACUAAUAUUCAGGAGAUAAUUUUACAAACUGGUAACGAUAAUUUAGAUUUAUCUGAUAAACAACAAGAUUUAAUAAACGACCGUGACUCUACAAAAACAAGUGAAGAAACUACCACAGAAUCAUAUAAAAAUGAAUUCACAACUGUGGUCCCACAAACUGAUUCUGACGAAGAUGUAACUGAAGGUCCAAAACCGUCUCAAUCUGAAAUAGAAAGUAAGGAUGAUGUUUUAAAUAAAACUAUAAUAGAAAAUCAAGAUUCGUUGUCAAAUGAUACAACAAAUAUACAAUCUGCAGAUAAUCACACUGAAACUACAACAACGAGUACUACUGUACUAACAUCUCCGUCAUCACGAUCUAGGUCACCAUAUAAACCACCAAAGAGACUCUUUACAUCAACAACCGAGGCUAUCCCAUCCAGCAGUAGAUUAGUGUUUAGUAGAAAAUAUAACCCAGGAGUUUACACUAGUCCAGCCACUGUUGAAAGACCAGGUUUUAGCCGUGCUACCACAAAAAAGCCAUUGAUUCCACGAACCUUUACGAGAAGAACAUUCCCAACACCGAAACCUACUCCAAAAUAUCAAGAAGAAGAUAUAGUGUAUUCAGAUGAAGAAAUACUAGAAGAAGAACCCGAUAAUCCGUUUGUUUUCGUUCCACCCUCAAAACUUUAUACUGAGAAACCCAAUUCUGAGGAGUAUGAAGACUUUGAAGAUGAUGAAGAAUUUAUUGAUGACUUAGAGGAGCCAACCCAAGAAGAUAUUCCAGAAGAAGAAAUAUCAGAAGAAUUUUUGGAAGAAUCAUAUCCACAGAAACCGACUACAUCAACAAGCAAAAAACCAUUAUUUAAACCAAGAGUAAUAAAUUCUAAUACAUUUAGAACUUCUACGACUACUACAGAAUUACCUAAACGAAUUGUGGGAUCUCAACAAAGCCAACAAAAUAAAACAACAUCGUUUAAUCGAUUUGCUAGUAAUAAACCUGUAGAUCCCACAAAGAAAAGAGUUCAAAACGUUCCAAUUGGUUACGAUCCUCAAAAGACGCCUGCUUCUAAUCCAAAGAAUGCAAAGGUUUCCACAACAUCUACUACUACAACCACCACUACUACAACAACUGAAAGUCCUGUAUCAAAUGAUUCUCAAGAGCAAGUAGCAAUUACAACUGAUAGUAAUGAAAAUGAUAUAAAAACUACUGAAAGUGAUGAAAAUACUUCUCCAAUUGAUAACAAUGAAGACCAGUCUCAGCCAUUGAGUGUCAAUAUUCCAAUGGCAGACCUUAGUGAAGAAUUGACCACAAUUGCUGUAGACACUAAUAAUAAAAAUGAGGAUUACUUGGAGUCUCAAGAAGUUAAUAAAGAACUGCAAGCCACAGAAAAUUCUGAAGAUAAAAAAGAAGAAAGCGAUUUAGCAAACGACUCUAAAUUAUCAAAAGAAGUAGUUGGACAACAGCUAAGUAAUGUAGAAACUACUGAGGCACCUGUCGUAGAUACGACGUAUAUUUCUUAUGUACCUCCAAUUGUCAAAACGCAAUUUGAUAAACUAUUUUCUGUUAGUAGAAUCGUUGAGGUUUCAUCCAAAUCGGAAAAACGACGUCUGAAUAAAAAUAAUGAAACAACUCUUAUACAAGAAGGUAAAAUAAAAAUAGAAAAGAAACCAACACUCGAUAAAAUUGGAGAAGUUAGUAGGUACAGUCUUAUUAAAAUAGUGGAAGACGAGAUCCCUAUUUAUUUAACUAAACUUGGUCAUGUCUAUCCAGUAGAUAAUCCACCAAACAAUCCAAUUCGUAUCGAUGAAGCACGAAAUGCCAGAGCGUUACGCGAUAUUAUCAAUGCACCAAAUGAAAACCUAAUCGCUUCUGAAAGUAUGAACGAAGGAUAUAGAACAGUUAAUAGGGUGGCUAAGGAAGCUAAUCAGGAUACAUCAGAAAAUAUCGGACAGUCACUUAAGGAUGAUUUUCUUAAAUAUGUAAACGAUGAUAAGAAAUCAGACAAAUCGGGAGAAGACCAGCCCUACGGAACUCAAUGGCAAUUCGUUCCAGCGGCCUACGAAAAUGAACAGAAUAGAAAAACAGGUAGUAGGAUCGACUCAAUAACCCCACGAGCUAUGCAAACCAAUCCUUCAACUCUACCUCUAGAAUCAUUAUUCAAAACUGAAAUGACAACAAAAAAAAGUAACGAAUCCAAUGCUCCGUUCGUCGUGUAUUCCGCCCCAAUAUCUCCCGAUGCAGAGGACGCUAGCUUAGUUAAAUUGAAGAUUUUGAAACCCCAAAAUAGUCGCAGCAUCGUCACUUUCGCUAAAGGUAAAGAAUUAAAGGGCACAUCGCAUCCAAUACAUAAGCCAAUAAGCAUCACUGUCUUGACAAAUGAUUUAGGGAACACUACUUCUAGUACUACGACUACUACUACAUCUACAACUACAGAACGCGCGAGAACUAGUCCUGUAAUCGAAAUGUUGACAACAACUCAAAAUACAACAAUUACAACAACCUCCACAACAGCUAAACCGUUUGAACCAUCCUCGACAGAAGCCAUUAUAACCGAACCCUCAGUAACCACCGAAACUAUUCCGGAAGAAACUACCACUGUUAAAAUAUCCCCACUAGACGCUAAGAGGCUGAAAUAUGGGCUAGCGAGACGACCACUGCUCAAACCAUCAAACGUUACCCGAUACCUAUCGCGCACGAAUUCAAAACAAAACAUACCAACCAAUCCUAAAGUGAAUAAAACGACUAGCUUCUCUCCGAACAAAACGACAAGUUUUUCGGUGAACAAAACGGCAAGCUUCACGCCGAAUCAACGGAAAACGAGUCGAACUCAAAACGUGCCAGUCGACAUCAGAAAGCGACCGACAGCAAAUAGAACGAGAAUUUUCACAACAGAAGCUCCCAGGAGUACGACAGAAAGGAGAGUUUCUGUCAAGCCAUUUAGAUCUAGUUUCAGACCCUCCUUCUUACCUAGACGACCGACUACAGUAGCCACUAUCGAAGGAGAAACUUAGUUCUGACUUUAACACAGAUACUGAUAUCAUUUGGGUUGUUUUAAAGGAUGCGACUGACGUAAACUACGAUUUUUUGAGAUUAAAAAUACUAGUUGUAAAUCUAUUUAAAAUUUUGCUGCUCUCCAAAGAAAUCGUAGUAGCACAUACUGCCUGUAUAUAAAGAAUCCCCGUAGUCAUAAUGUAGACUUUAUAGCUUUAUUAGGUUUAUGUGAAAGUUUGUUAUACCAAAUGUUGUAAAUUUCGAGAUAGAUUUGGUAUUGAGACUUUCGGCGAAUUGUCAAUAGUUUAGGUUAAGUUUAUUUAAUUACUAAUCGUUACCAUGUAUGUUUAGGACA